GGCAUUAUCUUACUUUCUAAAAGAAGUCGAAUACCUCCCUCUCUUUGAUUCUCUUCUUCUUAGCCCAAACUUCCCUUCCUUCCGAACGCAUUCAGUAAAAAAAAAUGGAAGCUCUCCUCUCUCAAUUCGCCUUUCUCUCAGACGAAGCUUUACGAGACAAGAACUUCGAUCCAUCCACGAUCGAAGACCUGAUGAAACUGUUCGAGAUUGAAGCGUACAAGUCAUGGGUAGCCAUGGAACUCGAACAAGAAAAAGCUGAAAUUGACUUGGCGCAAGCGGAAAGAGACCUCGAUUCGGUCAUGGAGAGCGCUAUGGACGAGUUCAGGCGGUUCGAGGAGGGGAAGGAACGGAUGUCGAAGGAAGAAUUGAGUCGUCUGGAAGAGACUGCAGAGAGGGAGAGAAAGAUGGGGAAAUUGACGGGAAAAGCCGCCAUUGUUGCUUCGAAGAUUUAUAUUGAGGCUGCUACUGCUUCAAUGAAAUCUGCUUCGAAGGGAAUUUCCUCCAACAAGGUCCAUCCUAAUUAAGAAAAACAAACUUUCUUUCAUUAAUCUGUAACUGGUAAGAAAUGUUAUUUGCUUGAUUUGAAAGUUAUAUGGUGAAUAAAGGCGUAGAUCUAUGAUUGACUUUUCAAAA